GGAGAAGGCGGGUGAAUGCAUGGUUAGGUUCUCAAUAGCGAACACAAAGUACCUCUCGAAGAAGCAUCAAUGUCUCUCUCUGCUAAACUCGUGUUGUUCCAUCAAACAACUCUAUCAAAUCCAAUCACAGAUUCACCUCUUUGGUCUCUACAAAGACACUUACUUGCUCUCAGAACUCGUUUACCUCUGUUCCCUCUCUCUCUUCAAGAACCUCUGCCACGCUCGCGCGCUCGUUUACCACUCCUCCAACCCAUCACCCAUUUCGUGGAACAUUCUCAUCAGGGGUUACGCCACAACCGAUUCUCCCAUUGAAGCCUUCUGGGUAUUUCGGAAAAUGCGAGAAGGAGGCGCUAUGCCCAACAAACUCACCUUCCCUUUUCUCCUCAAAUGUUGUGCUAUGGCUUCUGCACUUGGUGAAGGCAUGCAGGUGCAUGCUGAUGCUGUUAAGUGGGGUUUGGAUUCUGAUGUUUAUGUUGGUAACAAUUUGAUCAACUUCUAUGGCGGUUGCAAGAAAAUUCUGUAUGCAAAGAAGAAGUUUGAUGAAAUGCCUGAAAGAAGUAUUGUUUCUUGGAAUUCUGUUAUGACUGCUUGUGUUGAAAAUGUUUGGUUGCGGGAUGGGAUUGAGUAUUUUUUGAGGAUGAGAGGUUGUGGGUUUGAGCCUGAUGAGACUACUAUGGUGUUGUUGCUCUCUGUUUGUGCAGAGUUGGGGUACUUGACCCUGGGAAAUUGGGUUCAUUCUCAAUUGGUUUUGAGAGGGAUGGUUCUGAAUUGUCAAUUGGGUACUGCUCUUGUUGACAUGUAUGCAAAGUCUGGAGCUUUGGGUUAUGCCACGCUUGUGUUUAAGAGAAUGGAAGAGAGGAAUGUGUGGACAUGGAGUGCAAUGAUAUUGGGGUUAGCCCAACAUGGGUUUGCUGAGGAAGCCCUUGCAGUGUUUUCCAUGAUGAAUGAUGACCAUGAUAUAUGCCCCAAUUAUGUAACCUAUCUAGGGGUUUUAUGUGCUUGCAGCCAUGCUGGACUGGUUGAUGAGGGUUACCAGUAUUUACAUGAUAUGGAAUGUGUCCAUGGAAUCAAACCCAUGAUGAUGCAUUAUGGAGCCAUGGUUGAUAUCUUGGGCCGUGCUGGCCUUCUUAGAGAAGCAUAUGACUACAUACAGAGCAUACCUAUUGAGCCUGAUCCAGUUGUGUGGAGGACACUGCUCAGUGCAUGCACUGUUCAUGAUGUUCAUGACCAUACAGGGAUAGGGGAAAGAGUAAGGAAGAGGUUGCUUCAGAUGGAGCCAAGGAGGGGAGGGAAUUUGGUUAUUGUUGCUAACAUGUAUGCUGAAGUAGGGAUGUGGGAAGAAGCGGCAAAUGUGAGGCGAGUGAUGAGAGAUGGAGGGAUGAAGAAGAUGGCUGGAGAGAGUUGUGUUGAUUUAGGUGGCUCAAUGUAUAGGUUCUUUGCGGGGUAUGAUUCUCGCCCUGAUUUGAUGCCUGUCUAUCAUCUGCUUGAUGGAUUGAAGCUUCACUUGAAGAUGGUUAACUGAUAGUUGUAGUUGCUUUCAAAUUUCAAAUGAAUUCUACUCGGUGCUGAAUUUAUUUUUACAUAAUUUCUAGGAUGUUAGCACACACCAGGAUCUGACAUUAGUUCAUUGUCAAACACUCCGUCUUCUUGUUGCAAAAUUAGUUCAGUUUUCAUGUUAAGUCUCUAAAACAGUGAAUACUGAGAAAAAACUAAGCCAUUCUUAGACGCAUAUCAAGCAGCAUACUUGAUAAGAAUGUAAUUUGCAAUUCCGAAUCAUUGUAAAGAGCUUGUGAUGGACCGCACAGGCAAGAAGCUUGGCACGUUUUCCUUUAUUUUGAAUUCGGUUCAACAUAAUUGCGGUUCUCUAAUGCUCCUUCUGGGCCGUUCAAUUGGGCUGCCUCGUAACGAUUUGGGUUGCUAAUUGGGCUCACAGUAGUGUUGACCAAAAAACAAUUGGGCUGACAAAAGCUUUCUACGUUUUUCCCCUUACUAAUUUUUUCCAUUAUCCAUUGUGGGCUGAAGGCAGUGUCAUAUGUCAACUUUCCUUAGGUAGAGAAGUAUUUUAGUUUAUAAUAUGAAAUAUUAAGGCAUAUCACAAAUA